UUUCUUACCUGAAAUUUAACGGAAAACUUCAGACAGAAGGAAGAAUAAAGGUGCUCGGCGAGAGACACAGAGAUAGAGAGAGAACGCGAUAAAAGAGAAAAGCUCUCUGCAACUAAAACCGAAAGAAUCAAAAGGAAAAAACCCUAAUCAUCGAAGAAGUAUUUUAAUCGAUCGUACGUAGAUUCAUGGCGGAACAGGGCACUUCGGCCGAUUCAUACAUUGGUAGCCUCAUCAGCUUGACAUCCAAGUAUGAGAUUCGCUACGAGGGCGUUCUCUACAGCAUUAACACCGAAGAGUCCACCAUAGGAUUACAGAAUGUCAGGUCAUAUGGAACUGAAGGACGAAAGAAAGACGGUCCACAGGUUCCUCCAAGUGAUAAAGUAUAUGAAUACAUUCUGUUUCGAGGAAGUGAUAUCAAGGAUUUGCAAGUUAAAUCUUCCCCACCUGUUCGUGCAGAACAGAUGGACAAUGAUCCUGCUAUUAUUCAGUCACGUUAUGUCUAUGGACCAUCAUCUUCUUCAGCAUCAGCUUCAACUGGAGGUGGAACACGGACAGAUUUGAGCUCCCAAGGAGAAUCUUCGGCCUCGGCCUUCCCCAGGACAGCCUGUCCAACUGCAUUGUCUUCUUCAUAUCAUAAUCAAACCCACUUUGAUUCAUGGGCUUCUUCUUCUUCUUCUUCUACUCAACAUACAAAUGGGUCAUCUCUUUCCAUGCCGAUGUACUGGCAAGGGUAUUAUGGGUCAUUAAAUAACCUUUCACAUACUCAACCUCAAUCUAUGCCUUCUCAGUCACCUUCUACAAUGUCUGAUCCAUUGAUGCUGCAGAAUAAGUUGCAAUAUCCUGAACUUCAGGUACCCUUGAGCACAGGAGUGGCAAAACCUGUACCUCCACUUAUCCCUACAUCAGGAUCAGCUCCUUCAAAUCUUUCUCCCACUCUGACUCCACAAUUUUCUACUUCCCCUACUGACAAAUCAUCUUUGUCCAUUAAGGCAUCUCUUCCAUCUCAUGCUUCAUCUAUCACCGGUAAUCUACUAACUGCUCAGGAUAUAAGUGGGGUCCCAGCUUCAACAUUUUCAAAUGCCAUGUCUGCCCAAUCAUCUAACACUUCUGUUCAAUCCUUGCCCUACUCUGCCUCUUCUGCUUCUGGUUCUACUUCUGGUUCUUUACUAACAAAACCUUUUACUUUGUUAACUCCCGAUCAGUUGGCACAGCCUGGGCCACUUGUGCCUUCAACGUCCCAGAAACUAUAUCCUGAGCAGAAAAUUGAGGGUUUGAUAACCAUGGCAUCAAAACCUUUAUCCCCAGUUUCUUCUUCACCACUUCAAGAACCAUUAUUGCCUCUGCCUCUCUCUCCACAACAGUCUCAACAUUCUCUGACACAAUUUACUGAAGAAUUUGACUUUAUGGCCAUGAAUGAAAAGUUUAAGAAGGAUGAGGUAUGGGGAUAUCUUGGAAAGGCAAAGCAAGGGUCUAAAACAGAAGGGAUAGAGGAAAAUUCAACUGAUCAAUGUGUGAACAAUGAUGAGGAUAAUGGUCAGACAACCAAAUCUAUUGUCAAACCUGUAUAUGUUAAGGAUGAAUUCUUUGACACACUUUCUUGCAACUCACUUUCCCAUGGAGCGAAGAAUGAACGGCCUAAGUUUUCAGAGCGAAUGAAACUUGAUAUUGAGACCUUUGGCGAUUUUCAGCAGAGGCCUCGUUUAUCUCGUGGUGGUCGUGGAAGUGGCCGUGGUAGACAUUACAGGGGCUCACAUAACUGGGGAAGGGGAUAUGGCUAUGGUGGGAGGGGUCGUAGUGGCUAUACACCCCUUUAACAUUUCAAGCUUUUAUGCCAUCUGAAGGGAAAACUUGGUACCGGUUCAGGUGGUGAUUUGGCUCAGAGGAAACAGAAGGCCUACUGGUAAAGAAUUGAUCCUUUGAUAAAGGAGAGAUCCCAACUCAAGUGAUGGUUAUAAUAUUAAUAAAAAGUAGGGUUAUAUAUGCUGUAUUUUUUUAAUUUUUUCGUUCUGUUUUUCCUGGUUGGUGGGGGCGGGGGAGGUGGGAAACUGAGGACCUGUUUAUCAGUUUUUCAAGGGAUGGAGGUUAUUCUGACAGGAAAGGAACCUCCCUGCAGCUAUGGCUAUGGCAAUGACGUAACUGAACCAUGAAGAGUACCUUUUGUUUUUGAUUUGUAUUACUAGACUCCUUGCAGAAUUAAAACCUAAGGAAAGCAUGGGGCCGACCGUCGAGGUGGUGUUGCCCGUGGGUGUAUUGGAUGGUUGGAGUAGGAACCGGCAAGGACACCUAAUUGCAUUGCUUGGUUGCUGAAAGCCCGAAACCUAUCCACGGAUGGCAAAUUGGCUGUUGGCACUUUCUUAGAGAAUGGUUCUUAUACGGAGAUAUUCCCAAUGCAAGGCUGUUCAAACAGUGUUCAAAUGGGGCUUGCACUGAUUGAAGCCGGUCUCGACGGAAUUUAGCAUACAAAUGGUCCCCAUGACUUGGAAUCUUGUGAAGUUGAACAAUUGGAUUUGGAUGAAGUACUUGUCCUUUUGAAACAACCCAGAGGUUGACAGGAAGUGCCACUGAUCGGUGGAUGAUGACCAAGGUUCAAAAUAUUAGUAUCAGAAAGUUUAUGGAUCAGGUUGGAAAUGGAUGGGUCGCCAUUUUGAUAUGGUUGAAAGAGCUGGAUACCCAUUUGCUCUCAUGAAUCCCAUAAAUACAUUAUCACACUAAAUUUGAGGGUUUCUUUUUUGAAACCGCUAUUUUUUUUUUCAUAUAUUAGAAUGCAUUACCCCUACCACUAGAAAUUAGGAUGUACGCUCUCCCACUUGAGGUUGAAAUAACCAUGUAUAAGAUACAAACAUAAAAGAAUACUGCAAUGGAUUGUUUAAAAGAAUCCAUUACAAUAAUAAAAA